CACAAGUAUACACACAUUACACAUAUAUAAAUGUGUUUGUCAUAUUUGACGCACAUUUGCAACUCGAAGGAAUGAACCCUCACCCAUAGAAUCUAAAUGUAAGCAACAGUAUUUGUUUAUCUUUGAAAUAACAUAAGAUAUGAUGUGAGAGUGCAGAAUAUAAAAUAACUGUCAGUGCUAUCAAACCUCUUAGUGCUGCAUUCAUGGUCAGUGCUGCUGUGGGCAUUUAUGUAGAGACAGUGACACAUGUUUGUCUAGUUUUUUUCUCUCAGUGUUUCUGGUGGGACCACAGACUGGGCCACUCAGGGGUUGCUCUACGGCCAAAUGUGGCCCCCAGGCCGCCAUUUGAAAAGGCUUGGUUUCCACAUGAUCCCCACUGUCCCAGUGCCUGACCGCACCGAGCAUGCACAUGUGGCCUGUGGCCUGCAGGGGGCGACUGUGUGCUGGACUGUGCGCAGUGAUAGGUGGUCAGAGAGCGCCACCACUCGCCGGUUCAGUUACAUGAGGUCCUUGACUGUCUCCUUCACUGAAGGCUCGCAGACUGACACACAGCUGAGCUGAACAUCCACAGAGCUGGCCGCUGUCCUUGCUGCACACCGGAGGCGAAACAACAACAACCGGGACCUUUGCGAUGAUCUCGCUGGACUUCAAUUUCAACAUUUUGACCCGGGACCUGUCGCAUUAUCUGGAGAAUCAGGUGAAAGUUGGACUCUUCGGCUCGGGAGUGGGGCUGUCCCUGGUGCUGGGCUUUAGCGCAGCCUACACCUGCUACUACUUGAUCUCAGUAGCGAAGAAACCGCAGCUUAUCUCGGGGGGUAAGAACUUCUGCCAGUUCCUGAGGGACCAUUGUCCGGUGGUGUCAGAAACCUACUACCCCACCUUUUGGUGCUGGGAAAGCCGCAUCCAGACUCUGCUGAGACCUUUUCUCACAGCGAAACCUCGGGUUGUUUACAGAAAUGAGCUUAUUAAGGCAGCAGAUGGAGGACAGAUCUCUUUGGACUGGUUUGACAAUGAUGACAGCCUCUCUCAUCCCAACCCUGCGACCAGGCCCACAGUCCUCCUUCUCCCCGGUCUGACCGGUACCAGCCGAGAGUCCUACAUCCUGCACAUGGUCCAACAGAGCCGGGAUCUGGGCUAUAGAUGUGUGGUGUUCAACAACAGAGGCGUUUCCGGUGAAACAUUGCUGACCCCGAGGACCUACUGUGCAGCCAAUACAGAGGACCUGGAGACUGUUAUUGAGCACGUCCAGAGGACCAAUGAAGCUGCUCCAAUCAUGGCUGCAGGAGUGUCCAUGGGCGGGAUGAUGUUGGCCAAUUAUUUGGGGCGUAAGGGCCGGAAAACCUGCCUGAAAGGUGUCGCAGUCUUCUCAGCGGGCUGGGAUGUGUUUGAGUGCACCGCCUCGCUGGAAAAACCCUUGGAUCGAUUCCUCUUCAACUCCUACCUCACUAGCUGUCUGCAAGCCUCCGUGCACAGACACAGACCGGUGCUUGAAAAAUGCUACGACAUUGAUCAUAUAAUGAAGGCAAAGACCAUCCGCGAGUUUGACGAGAGGUUCACCUCCAUAAUGUUCGGUUAUCCCACCAACGACGACUACUACCGCGACGCCAGUCCUAUCCACGGGCUGAAAUCUGUGCAAGUGCCAAUGCUGUGUCUGAACGCUGCUGAUGAUGUCUUCUCUCCGUCUCACGCCAUUCCGGUGGAGGCAGUGAAGCAGAAUCCCAACCUCGCCCUACUUAUUACCUGUCAUGGCGGCCACAUUGGCUUCCUCGAGGGCCUUUGGCCUCGGCGGAGCACUUACAUGGACCGAGUCUUCAAGCAGUUUGCUAAGGCAGUCAUCGAACACGGCAACCGGCUCAACGACCUCUCCUGAUUGAGGAGAACUUUUCCUUUUGCUCUACUUCCACAUAUCGUUUUCCUUAAUGCCUUUUUCUUUUAUUUCCUUUUUUUUUUUUAAAGAUCUCUGUUGCAGUGUAUCCUUCAUUCCUUCCUGUUUCAAACUCCAUCUAACAUUAUUUUGUCCCUUCUUUCCACCCGUUUCCUCUUCCAUUCUCGCCUCCAUCCCCACGUACUGCAUUCCAUCCUUUGUUCGCUCGUCCCUAACUAAACCAAUUCUGCCUUUUACCUUCCCUCCACUGACGUCUCCGUCUUUGUCUCAUUCUUGCUCGACAAGCGAACAAAAAAAAAUUACUCUUUUCUUAUCUGAAGGUCACAUCUUAUUGAAUGCAGCAUUCACGUCGCAUUCAACAUCCAUUUAUUUAUUCCGUGUAGUUAACAAGCGAUUGUACGUAGCCGUGCUCUCAAUGCUACGCUUAUUUCCACUGUUGAAAAGCUGAACCUGUUCCCAUUUGGCUCAGUUGCAUUAGCUAGAUGAACAAAAACUGCAAUUACCUUGUGCAAUCAUUUCCUUUUGAACUUUAAGUACUGUACACAAGACUUUAAUCAUCUUUAAUCACAAAGCAAUUAAAGUUAUUUGUGAGUAGGAUUUUUAGCCCUCAGGGAUUUAUUUUUAUUUAUUCAUAUUUUCCGUGUUUUAUUCCUGUGUCAUAUGUUGUCAGACGCUCCCCUUUUGUCUGCAUUUACUGUCAUUUAAUGACUGUUGUUUCUCUUCUUUGACACAAUAUAGUUGAGAUUUUGAGUUUCCCAACUGCUUCUGCUCUUUAUGCUAAGCUAACCAGCUGCUUCUCAUGCACUUUCACUUUCACACAUUCUACCUUUUACCAAAUAGCCUCUAAUUCCUUAAUGCAAGACACUCUGUUUCAUGUGAUUACAUGAGAGUAUUUCCCCAGAAACUGGCAUGAAUUCAUGUUUUCAUGCAGCUGCCGUAGAUAACGGGGAUGUAAAUGAAGUAAGGCACAGAGAGGAUGUCAUGUCUGUUCAAAGUGGUGGAUGUUGCUUUACGAGAUGCAUCGAUUGACGGCCUUUUGGCUGGCUACACCGUGUAUGAGUUGGCGUUGAAUGAAACAAGCACUGAUCCCACUGGUGGCCGGCUCUCAGUGGAAUUGUGGUGUCUAUUUGUUCUGCCAAGUGUCCAUUCAGUAGCAUGUCUCUCUGUCUCAUCCCAUCGUAGUAUGUAGCACCGAGGGCACGUUCGUGUUUCUUUCGUCAUUUCAUUUUGUACACUACAUACUGCGUGUAGAAUACUUAACUAAAUAAAAAGAAAAGAACAUUCUGUUUGACAUGUGUAGCAAUAAGCGUGUGUCUCUGUAGGACGAGCAGGUACUACUGUAUGCACAUUAUCAACACAAGUGUAAUACGGUGAAUUUAAUAAAUUAUUAAACAGA